UGUGAGUCUCGUCACUCAGUUGACGUCAUUUUCCUUCAGAGGUGUGGAACUACAUUACAUCAUUAUGAGUGUUUUGGGAUCCCCUCAAGCUGCCCAUAGAUUCAACUUACAGUAUUUGCUGCCAUUGACUGCAGUAGAUGUCCAAUCUAUUUGAACCAGGAGAAAUACUGUUUUGUGAAGGAAUGCCAUCAGAGGAGUUGGUACGAGGGAUGCUGUACCUGUCCCUGACUGUGGUGGGCAUCCCUGGUAACCUGGCGGUGAUCCUGGCAUUUCUGUUGGUGCUCUACCACGACAAUCGUCUGCUGGCAGCUGACGCCAUCGUGCUCCACCUGGCGUGCGUCAACCUAAACGUGGUGGCGGUGCGCUGCCUCCUGGAGACGCUGGCGUCCUUCCACCUCGCUGACAUCUUUAGCGACGCUGGCUGCAAAGGCGUCAUCUUCAUCUACCGCACAUCACGCUCCCUCUCCAUCUGGCUCACCUUCAUCCUUAGCGCCUAUCAGUGUCUGAGUGUGGCUUCCCCCGGCUCAUGUUGGGCCACCGUCCGUACCUUGGUGGGCCGCUACUUGGGCCUUGUGUUCUUCGUCCUUUGGCUGAUCAACACCUGUAUGUCCUCUGCCGCCGUUCUCUUUUCCACCGGGGCAAGGAACACGUCCGCCUCGGCCCGCUACGGUAUCAAUGUGCAGUUCUGCUUCGUCAACUUCCCAUCCAAGCACUCCAAACAGGUCAACGGGGCGUUUCAGGUGGGCAGAGACGUCGUGCCUAUGGCUCUGAUGACCCUCAGCAGCCUUGUCAUCCUGCUGUUCCUCUAUAAGCAUGGCCAGCAGGUGAAGGGCAUACGGAGCAGCUGUGGUUCGGAACGGAGGGCGGCCAAAGCCGUGGUGACCCUUGUGACCUUGUACGUGGUCUUCUAUGGUGUAGACAACGGGCUUUGGGUGUACACGCUCACCCUGAGGAAGACCAUGAGAAGCUCACUGGUGUCUGACCUCCGAAUCUUUUUCUCGUCGCUCUACGCCGCGCUCAGCCCACUCAUCAUAAUUGCGUACAACAGGAAGGUUAAUGCCAGACUCGGCUGCGGCGUGAGUGUCAAAGUAGUCAAGGAGACGGCCAUAACUAUGUCCACCGUUUCAGUAACUGCCGUGGAAAGCAAAAGUAUGUGAACACUGAGUUCUCAGCUGUCUUUCGAUGAUACUGAGUUAAAAAAACAACAUUUUUUGGGUGUCAUUUAGUUUUGACAAAUCAUUUCUAUAAUCUUGUUAGUUGGAUCCUUUGGCCACAUUUGC